GGCGUCUACCAAGAUGAGGUGAACAACUACCAGACUCACGUAGAGUCCACCACCACCCAGAUUAACGCUGUAGAUACUGCCCAGAAUAACAGUAUAGAAGAAAUGAAGGAAGAGUUGAGGAGGCUGCAGGACGUGCACGAGGAGGAGGUGAACAGCCUUAAGUCUCACAUCAACGCCCUUAGCACCCUCAUUAACAACAGUGUAGAGACUAUAAAUGAAGUAUUAGCGAGCAGGAUUGAUCACCAGCAGGAGGAGGCCAGCUCGAGCAGGUCACAGAUCAACUCUCUCACCACCCAGAUGAGAUCCAUGGAGAGGAAGGUUGAGCUAAACAGUGCGCUGCUAGUAAACGAAACCAACAUUACUUCAGUAUCAACCUGCACUGGUGAUAAAGUACUGACGAAGCCGUCUGGUUACUUAGCGGUGGUGGACAGCGGUCUGUACCCUACAUCCGAAGACUGUGGUUGGGAAGUGAAACUACCAGAAGAUAAUGACAUUUCCUUAGAAUGGUUGUUCAUGUCAGUGGAGGAACAAGCAACGUGUGUAUUUGACUACGUUACGGUGGAGAAUCUGAACGAGCCUGGUCAACUCUUAUAUGGAGGCAAGAUAUGUGGGAGUUCACUUCCAGCCAUGAUGAAAACAGGGAGUAAUCACCUGAGAAUUAGCUUCCACUCGGAUGGCUCCUACGUCUUCAGGGGGUUCAAGCUUUUCUACCAUGCAGAGUGAAUUAAGGUGUGUGCUGGUAUAGUGCUCAGCCACCAACGAUAUGUGCGUUACUUAAGGUGUGUGCUGGUGUAGUGCUCAGCCACCAACGAUAAGUGCGGUAAUUAAGGUGUGUGCUGGUGUAGUGCUCAGCCACCAACGAUACGUGUGUUAAUUAACGUGUGUGCAGGUGU